AUGACUGUUCUCACCCAGUUUACGGUAUUUCCCAAGCUUUCUGAAGAACUGAAGGCUAUGAUCUGGGAUUUGGUUUCGCAACAACCUAGUCAAAUCCGAUUUGAACACUACAUCGUUCGUAAGACAAAAUUUUCCAAGAUCAAAGACAAGGAGCUUGUCUCUGAAAGGGAUAAGAUUCUUUCUGGCAAACAUCCUGAUUAUCCCCGCCCUUGGAGGCUGAAGGCUGAAGGCAGAGUACCUUCUGUGCUUAUAACUUGCCGGGAAUCUCGCUAUUGGGCAAUGAAGCAUUAUCAUUUGGAGUUCAAGGAUCAACUGUAUAGCAAGGCUCUAUGGUUCAACCCUAAAGUUGAUAUUAUAACUUUCGAUACGAUUAGUACCUUACUUGUAUUUAUUAAGGGAGGUUGCACCCUCUUCGGGCGAAGUUUGUCUUUCAAAGACAGCACUAAAAUGCCUGUCGUGGAGAGAAUAGCUUUGCUUUAUUCUAUUGCACCAUAUUCGUAUGAUGUUGCCAUGGAGACUACAAAGAAUUUCCCUCAAUUGAAGUCGCUCGUUAUGAGAACCGAUGGCAUUCGUUCCGAUGCCGUUUUGUGCGACAGUGAUAGAUGGUUACCUGGUCCAAGAAUCAGUUUGCCUUCUCUUAGAGUCCGAAUGAAUCAACUAUGGCAUUCUGAUGAGUGGAAGGCGAUCAGAGCUUACAGUCAAAUUCCAGAAUUGCGAAUUUUGACGGCAGAUGAGAUGUGGAAUACUGGUUUAACACAGCCAUUUGGUCCUUCCAAUAAACCACCCAAGCGUCGACGAAGAAAUCUCAAGGCAGAUCCAAAUCAAAUGCCACCAGUUCGUCGAUCAAAUCGAAUCAAGUCUAUGGAGACAAAACAAUACCUCGAAGACUAG